AUGCCUUUUAUACCCUGCUUGAAACAUGAAGGAUCUUAUAUUCUCUAUAUCAAAGUAAAUUAAGAUAAAGCAGAAUUUAUUUGUGAGGAAUGUUGCUUGUAAUUAUAAGAGUUAAACUUAAAUCUGAAUAUUUAAGAAUUAAUUCACAUAAAGACUGUAUAAUCUCAUAAUUUAAUCUAAAGGCAUAUAAGUCUCCUUAAUUACUGCUAACACAUAAGGAUUAUUCCUCUUAUAUUAAACAAUCAUUGAAUGAAUAUGAUAAAUUUAAUGAAAACUGUAUAAGGGGUAUCUUCAAAGACAUCAACACUUAAAUUUCCAAAAUAUAAAAUGCUUUCCAAAUAGUCUAAGAAGAAUUAGAAUAUUAUACAAAAUAAUUUCUAAAUAUGAAAUAGAAAUUUAAAGAUGAAUUAACAAAAGUAAUUGAUAUAAAAAUAAUAGUUAAUCAAAUUUGAAUAAUUCAAAUAAAUAAUUGAAAAUCUUGAAAAUUUAGGAGAUUCAAUAAGCUCUAAAGUUAUGGAAGAGAAUGAAAAGAUUCUAUAUUAAUAUUUGCAAGAUCUUAAAAAUAUGGAUCAUAAAGAAUUACACAUUUAAUUAUUAGAUAAAAUGAAGCUCUUAAGAAUAGAAUUUAAAGAUCUAUAUUAAGAAUAAUAUCCAUAAUUCUCAAAGUUGCAAGACGAAUUGAAAUCAUUUAAUAUUAGCUAUUAAGGGUUUAUAAAGUAAAUAAAGUUUAUAAAGUUUGAAUAGUUUAAUUUUAAUUUUUCUGGAACAUAAUUAUUGUAGGAAUGGUUCUAGUAUAAGAUUCUUAAUACUAUUGUAUCUAAAAAUAAGAAAAUAAUAACAAACAUUGAAAAAAUAUAUUUGAGUAAUCAAGAUGGAUUGAAUGCAUAAGCCUUUUGGAAUAAAAUAAAUUAUCGUUCAAAUUUAUUAAUGAUAUUUAAAUCAAAAAGUGGAUAUAUUUUUGGUGCAUUUUCUCCUUGUUAAUGGAUAUCAGGGGGUGGUAGUUAUGUUUAAGAUAAUAAAUUAUCUUCAUUUAUAUUUUCAUAGACUCAAGAUUAGAUAUAUCCAAUUAAAGAUGCAUAGAAAGGAAACGCCAUUUAUUGUAAUCAAUCAUAUGGACCUAUUUUUGGCGGUGGUCAUGAUUUAUAUUUUUAACCAGACUUUCAAAAUGGUAGUUCUAGUUUAGGACAUUCAUAUUCAUGUGAUUAAUAUCAAAUUAGUAAUAGGAAUACACAUUUAUUUGGUUAAUCAAAUCCAAAUAUAGCAGAAUGCGAAAUAUUUAUGUUAACAUUUUCAUGA